AUGGAGGAGCGGCGUUUGCGUUGCUCUAGUGUUACGUGUCUAAAUCUGUCGGUGCCAACCGGACGUAAGAAACCGCAGUGCAGCAAAGUGUGGAAAGUUUGGCAAUGCUCACGGUUUCAUACCUGGCAAAUUAUGGCGACUGUGGUUCCUCACGCGCGCGGGGACGCGUGUUGUGAAGGCAAACACCGUGCGAUUAUUACACCCGCAAUGAAGAAGUACAUUGGCGAUAUGGAUGAAACGGGGCUCACGCCCAGGCACAUUUGGUCUGGUCUGCGCCGCUACAGCGCAGCUCCACCGCUAAAUGGUGUGCCGUCCUACAAACAAGCAUUUGCGAACGAAACAUGGAGAGCGCAAUUCAGUGGGCUCGCUGAAAAAAUUGGUGCGUGA